CAACAAAAAAAAAAAUAACAAAGAGAGAGCAAGCUUUGAUGACGAGAAAGAAAGCAAAGCUUGCUUUCAUUACCAACGAUGCAUCGAGGAAAGCAACUUUCAAGAAAAGAAAGAAAGGGUUGCUGAAGAAAGUGAAUGAGCUCUCCACUUUGUGUGGUAUCAAUGCAUGUGCCAUCAUCUACAGUCCGUACGAUUCCAACCCCGAAGUGUGGCCAUCAAACUCCGGUGUCCAGAGGAUAGUCUCAGAGUUCAGGACGCUUCCUGAAAUGGACCAACAAAAGAAGAUGGUGGACCAAGAAGCCUUCCUCAGACAAAGGAUUGCGAAAGCGUCCAAUAAUUUCAGGAGGGUAAGAAAAGAUAACCGGGAGCUAGAGAUGACCGAAGUCAUGAUCCAGUGUUUGAAAGGAAACAUGGGAAGUUUUCAUAUGAAUAUCACGGAUCUUAAUGAUUUAGGUUAUUUGAUUGAUCAAUAUCUCAAAGAUGAUCGCAGGUUGCUUGAGAUUAUACAAGCUACUCUAGCAUGGAGAUCGGCGAGUCUUCCAAUGCUGCAGGUGCGGUCGGGACGACUACUUUUGAAAGGACUGGAUCAAUGGAGAUCAUGCCGUCUACAACCCCACCAACCACCACAACUAAUGAUCAGGCGGGUUCUUCCUCUUCACCAUUGGCAGCUUUUCUAAACCCUCUUCAACAACAACACCAACAAUUUCGUUAUCCGUCAUCUCCACAUGUUGGACUCUAUGAGCAGCCUCCAAGUUUUAAUUUAAACCUAAAUCAGAACUAUAAUCAGAACCAACAACAAUGGUUUAUGGGGAUGACGCACCACCAGCCUGAACCAUUGAACUAUGCAGAUGCUGAUCAGCAAAGGGGUUUUCUAUUGAUGGAUGAUAACCACCAACCCCAACACCAGCAUGAUCAACAGAUCCUUGGUGAUUCGUCCACUGUUUCAACCGUCGCUACUACAAGCAGCACGAUCCCCGUUACCAAUCCAAGUCCUACCAAUAAUACAUGGUUUCGUUAGUAUUUCCUUUCUAUGUGGUCUUAUUAGACUUUAAGAGUGGCUGAGUGUAUUUCAAGUUCUAGUAAGCAAAACAAAUAAUUAUCUUCAAAUGUUCUUUUUAUUAUCGUUUUAUUAUAUUUUGUGAUGACUAUGGGUUUUCACUUUUCAGUGUUAUUGGACUUGUGAUAUCCUCGUUUUUAUUUUUUGAUAAAGAUUUCGUGAUAUUCGUUUUUA